ACUAUGCGGAAGGGAGGUUGUACGGCGCCAUAUUUAAUACAUCAGAAGCUAACUCGCUAGCGUUAGCUGUUUGUAAGCUGAAACUUUUAACUUCAGACGCUAACUCAAAGCAAGCCUUCACACUAAAACGAAAAUGAAUGUAAUAGAUCAUGUACGGGACAUGGCUGCCGCCGGCCUUCACUCCAACGUCCGGAUAUUGAGCAGUUUACUGCUAACGAUGAGCAAUAACAACCCAGAGCUGUUCUCACCAGCCCAGAAGUACCAGCUGUUGGUUUACCACGCUGAUGCCAUCUUCCACGAUAAGGAAUAUCGUAAUGCUGCAUGCAAGUACAGUAUGGCACUGCAACAGAAGAAGGUGCUCAGCAAGACAUCCAAAGUCCGUACUUCUACUGGUGGAGCUGCAGCUAACAUACAGGCACAAAGUUUGCCCUCUGAGAUUGAGGUAAAGUACAAGAUUGCUGAAUGCUACACCAUUUUGAAACUGGAUAAAGACGCCAUCGCAGUGCUUGAUGGGAUUCCCUCAAGACAGAGGACUCCAAAGAUCAACAUGAUGCUAGCUAACCUGUACAGGAAAGCUGGUCAGGAGCGCUCCGCUGUGACGAGCUACAAAGAAGUCCUCAGACAGUGUCCCCUCGCCCUGGAUGCAAUCAUUGGCCUUCUCUCUUUAUCAGUCAAAGGGGCUGAAGUGGCGUCCAUGACCAUGGAUGUUAUUCAGAGUAUCCCCAACCUGGACUGGCUCUCUGUUUGGAUUAAAGCAUAUGCCUUCAUACAUGCAGGGGACAAUCAAAGAGCCAUCAACACGAUUUGCUCUCUAGAGAAGAAGUCUCUUUUGCGGGACAACGUGGACCUCCUGGUGAGCCUGGCAGAUGUCUAUUUCAGGGCAGGUGACACCAAGAACGCCAUCCUCAAAUUUGAACAAGCCCAGAUGCUGGACCCGUAUCUCAUCAAAGGAAUGGAUGUGUAUGGCUACCUGAUGGCUCGUGAGGGACACCUGGAAGAUGUUGAGGUCCUGGGAGGACGACUGUUUAAUAUCUCAGACCAGCACGCUGAGCCCUGGGUGAUUUCUGGUUGUCACAGCUUUUACAGCAAACGUUACUCCAGAGCUCUCUACCUGGGAGCAAAGGCCAUCCAGCUCAACAGUAACAGUGUGCAGGCCCUCCUCCUGAAGGGGGCAGCACUGAGAAACAUGGGCCGCGUUCAGGAAGCCAUCAUCCAUUUUAGAGAGGCCAUGCGCCUGGCACCCUGCAGACUUGACUGCUAUGAAGGUCUGAUUGACUGUUACCUGGCAUCCAAUGGGAUUAGAGAGGCUAUGGGGAUGGCCAAUAACAUCUAUAAGACUCUGGGGGCCAACGCGCAGACUUUGACCAUCCUUGCCACAGUGUGCCUGGAAGACCCCGUGACUCAGGAGAAAGCCAAAACCCUACUGGACAAAGCCCUGGCUCAGAGACCCGACUACACCAAGGCUGUGGUCAAAAAGGCUGAACUGCUGAGUCGGGAACAGAAAUAUGAAGAAGGGAUCGCUCUGCUCCGGAAUGCCCUGGCCAAUCAGAGUGAUUGUGUCCUGCACAGGAUGCUGGGAGAUUUCCUGGUGGCUGUCAACGAUUACCAAGAAGCCAUGGAUCAGUAUAGCAUAGCACUAAGUCUGGAUCCCAAUGAUCAGAAGUCUCUAGAAGGCAUGCAGAAGAUGGAGAAGGAGGAGAGUCCUACAGAUGCCACAGUGGAGCUGGAUGGUGACGACAUGGAGGGCAGCGGAGAGGAUGGAGACCUUGAGGGCAGUGACAGUGAGGCAGCUCAGUGGGCUGAUCAGGAACAGUGGUUUGGUAUGCAGUGACCCGGGGCCACCACCUCCUAACACCCUGCAGCCUGCGGGAGGCCUUCAGCCAUCAGGGUUGUCAAACAAGACAAGGUGGCCUCUGGAGUUCAUACCGCUCCGUACACGUGACCACAGAGGUUAACAUGGAGACAUUGCCUGCUUCAGAGACCCCUGGAUGAACUGAUGCCCAGGUUUGCAAUGCAGCUACAGGAGGACUUCAGUGCUUGUUUUUUUUUUUGAAAUGCAGCUUGAUGCACAACUCCAGCCAUUUUGGACCUAAUUGUUGUUUUUCCAUCAUCUCAACAGUGUUAUCAUCAAAACCACUGGAGAGCUUUUGACGCUGGUUUGCUUGUCUACACAGCUUUCCACCAAAGUCUUAAAGUCUUACACUCAAACCCCCCAAAAAAACAGACCAACAACUUGGUCUCUUGUUCUGUAGUGAGACAUCUUUUAAAAAUUAAAGUUACACCACUGAUAUGAAAGAAAUGCAUUACUGUUCCCGGUAGUAUAAAAUACAACUUGAACACUUAAAAAAAGACAGCUUUUUCUGCAGUGUAAUGGUCAGAAUCAACUAGUAUGAUAGCAAAAUCAGGUUCAGGCCCAAAAUGGCUGCCGUUAUACUUAACAUGUGUCACAGCAGGGCAAAGAUUUUUAAUUAGUGUUGUGUUUGAGGCUGACUGACUCACUUGUUUGCAACAGAGGAAACAAGGUUUAUGUCAAAGUAUCACAAUCAAAUUUCUCUGACAGACACUUGAGAUCUGUAGAAAAAAAAAAGUGACAAUGUAUAAUAUUUCUGCUGCUCGCAUAAGUUUUCUUUUGAAUUCUGUCUCAUCUGAAUUUGUCAUGUAUUGUAUAAUUGUCAUUAUUUUGGUGCGUGUUGUCUGUUGAGUCUGCCUUUCUUUGUAUCAAAAAAUAACCCCAUCACUGACUCAUUCUUAGGUUUGGAAGUGUUACUUUACCAUUUCAAAACAAAUGUUUAUAGUAUUUUGUACAUAUUUUUAAAAAUGUAUAAUAAAAUCAUUAAACACUCA